AUGCCCAUCUUAUCCAAUGCUUCAACCUUGUCUAAAUAUAUGAAAUUAAACCAAAAUGGUUUAGUUCAGGCCGAGUUUAUAUGGGUAGAUGGCUUUAAUCAACUAAGGUCAAAGACUAAAACACUGGCAUCAAAACCAUUUGGCCCAAAAGACAUAGCCGACUGGCAUUGUAGCGGUGCCUCUACUGGUCAAGCUUAUGUCCAUGACUCAGAUAUAACUCUGCACCCAGUAGCCAUAUACCCAGACCCUUUUAGACAAGGCGACAAUAUUCUUGUACUGUGCGAAACAUACGAUUCUGAUGAAGCUCCGUUGGAAACAAACUAUCGCCACAGAUGUAACAAAACUAUGCAAAACUACGCAAAAGAAGACCCAUGGUUUGGAAUUGAACAAGAAUACACCCUUGUAGAGCCAGAAUCCAAGAGACCUUAUGGGUGGCCAACUUUUGGUUAUCCUGAGCCACAAGGAAUGUACUAUUGUGGUAUUGGCACCGGAAGAAUCUUUGGUCGAGAUCUAAUCGAGGCUCAUUACCGUGCUUGCCUGUAUGCUGGAAUUAAGAUUGCAGGUGUGAAUGUAGAGGUGGCUCCAAGUCAGUUUGAGUACCAAAUUGGGCCUUGUGGAGGAAUUUCUAUGGGAGAUGAAUUAUGGGUAGCACGGUUUUUAUUGGAAAGACUAGCAGAAGACUUUGGAGUUGCUGUUUCUCUUCAUCCUAAACCAGUAGUUGAAGGAGAUUGGAAUGGUGCUGGUUGUCACACGAACUACUCUACAGCCGCUAUGAGACAAGAUGGUGGAAUGUGUGUCAUGGAAGAGGCGAUUGACAAGAUGGGCGAUCGUCAUUACGAGCAUCUACAAGAGUAUGGUGAAUUUAAUGAACUGCGUCUGAUUGGCAGUCAUGAAACAGGUCACAUCGAUGCCUUUUCGUACGGAAUUGAAAAUCGGGGAGCGUCAAUUCGCAUUCCACGACAGGUUGCCAAGGACGGUAAAGGGUACAUGGAAGAUCGAAGGCCGGCGUCCAAUAUUGAUCCUUAUCGUGUUACUCGGAUCAUUGUGGAGUCAACAUUAAAUCCAUCGCCGUUUUUUUGA